AUGAUGCCCCAAAAAAGGCGUGCUACAGCAAUUGUGAAGGCAGAGCCUACAACACCAGGGAAAAGCGAGCCUGUGAAGGCUAAGAAGGUGGAGGAUGAGACUGAGCCUGAGAAGGCUGAGGUAGAAGUCCGUUCACGACUGGCACAGUGGCUGGUGCAAAAAUCAGGACUGGUGGUCACAUCAGAAGCCAUCUAUCCCGUCGUCCCUGACGCCAAGUAUGACGUGUCCAGCGCCGCCUCCUCAGAAGCUGACCGCUUCCUUCCUGAUUUUGCGGUGGCAUGGAUGCUCCUUCAACGCUCUGGAUUGGACAGCGCUGAACGUGGAACCAUCAUUGCAAACCUUCGCAACAUCUUCACGACUGACAACGCGAAGAAGGCAUUGAAGCUCGCCUGGCCAGAAGAUGACCUUCGUCGUCGUGAUCAGAACCGAGGCACGGCCUUGGCUCUUGACGAGGAUGGCUCCAAGGACGUUUUGCUCCAACAGGAUGAGGAAGAGUCCGAUUUCUGUAUGGCCUCCUCUGCA